AUGAUCAAUCAAUCAGACAUAGUAAGCCUCCGGUUAUUGGAGGUUAGUGAUGUUGAUGAUUUUAUGGAAUGGUCUUCGGAUGACAACGUUAGUAAGUUUUCUCAGGAACGUACUUUCAAAUCCAAAGAAGACGCGGCGAGUCACAUUGCUAAAUUUAUUGUACCACAACGAUGGUUCAGAGCAAUUUGCUUAAAUGGCAAGCCAAUUGGUUAUAUUUCUGUAUCACCUUUUUGGGGAAGUGAUAAAUCGAAGGGUGAAAUUAAAUACGUGUUAUCAUCAAAGUAUUGGGGCAGAGGAAUCGCCACCAAGGCAGUGAAGAUGAUGGCGGCCACCAUCUUCGUAGACUGGCCACAAUUGGCCAGGCUUGAGGGUAAGGUGGAUAUUGAAAAUAUAGGAUCACAAAGGGUAUUGGAGAAGGCUGGUUUUACAAAGGAAGUUGUUUUUAGGAAAUAUUAUUUUUUUAAGGGAAAACUAAGUGAUCUUGUUAUCUUUAGUCUUUUACCUACCGAUCAACUUACUUGA